CAUGAAAGGUCCGAGGAUCUUGCUCGGAUGGGGAAAUUCUCCUUAGCAAACCUUAUGUUAUACUUUAAUCGCCUUAAGAUGCCCGGUGUUACAUAUGCCACCUAGUUCCACAGUAGCAUAAUGCGCCCCAGUAAGCGCAAGACAUGUGAUGCCCAAAGACAAGGAUCAUGCUUCGCGUUUCGUGUCUAGGGAGGCCCGUGGUAGAAUAGCUCUUUGUUCUACGGCGCCUUAUAAAUGAACCCUGUCACGCAUGGCCAGAAAUUACCAUUGUAGUAAAAUGGUACACUGCUCACUGAGAACCAGAAAAGGCAACCCCAUACCAUUUAAAAUGCUAACUGCCAGCACCAAUCUAAGUUUACUAGGACCAGCUGAUAUUUCCAAAACCUCACCCUCGCCGGUUGGCUUCGGUGAUUCCGUAUCGGAUUUAUCCUCCUUGUUUGACAAGUUCCCGCUUUCGCGCUCCCAUGAUACAGACUCUCUCGCUUCCAAUACUCUGAUUUCUAAUAGUCCCGUGAAAGAGACAAGACAUACGACCGGCAUCUACUCGCAUAUGGAGGCAGUGUUCACGGAGGCAGAGAUCGCCACGCUUAAGGCCACAUGGAUAUCGGAAGCUGUGGGUACAGCCUAUGAAGGCACGGUGAACUCCAAACAAACGCCCUUUGGUACUAUUCACUUUUGGGAGCAAACCUAUGCCUGUGUUCAACGAAAACAGCCCUCUGCGGUGGCGUUGAUGCCGGCCAUUGACCACCAAACUCGCUCUUUUGCCGGGUUGAUGCAUCUUUGUAUGGAAAACAUUGAAUGCUUAUCCACCUUAGACGGAUAUUUGGCCAACCUAGGGCGAAAACACAGCAGAAUCUUUGGUGCGCUGUCACGUCAUUUCCAAAUUUUGGGGGAAGCGGUCGUUGAGACACUACACAAGUACUAUGGGAAAGUCUUUACGCGAAAAGCAGUCGCUCUUUGGAUCCGUCUCUACUGCUUCUUGGCCAAUUCCAUGAUUCAAGCCUCACUCAAUGAGCCAACCCUUAUCCGAGAUGAAUUGGUGUACCCUACUUUACAGUCCACAGAUAAUACAAGCAUAUCGCUUAUAAGGUCUACGGAUGAAGAUAUUUCCAGAGAUGAUUUCGAGAACAUGUCUCAUGAUUUACCGGCAGAAAUUAGAUUCUUGGGUACGUUCCAGAGGAAGAAGCGUCAUAACUUGGGUGCAUUAGCCUCUAAGUACUUUUUCUAGCCAGGUCGGCCUUGAGCUAAAAACUCAAGGUUGGGAAGCUACUCAGAGUAGUCACCUAAAUCCAUUUACGGAAAAGUGGGUAUAUUGAUGAGAAGUAUGGAUUAAAGUGUGAUUUUAAUUGAAUAUUUGGACAUUCACCGAGAAAGAUCUUAGAAUUCGAAGCAUUUACAUAUUUGGGCGGUUG